AUGCAAUCACAAAUUAAAUCGUAUCUUCUCUCCGAGAAGAUUUACAUAUUGGAUGAUUGGUUGGAACAAUGUAUCCAAUUUGUUGAAAGUGAAGAACCCUAUUUGAGAAAUAAUUUGGCAGGAAUGAAAGAUUCUGUUUUUAAACAAUUUCUUGUUUCCGAUUAUGACAAGAUUGCUCAAAAACCUUCUCCGAAUUAUUCUCUAUUUUCCAAUCUAGAACAAGAACACGGAAAGAUAUUAAAAGGGCCUUUUGUUUUACAAAUUAAUGAUAUUUGGGAUAUUGGUAUCCCAAUGACGGAUCAAAUUGAUAUGGACAAGGAAUUGGUUGAUACCUCGAAUGAAGAAAUGGAAGAGGGUGAUUUACUUUUUUCUGAUGCUUUACAAACUGAAAUACAAGGAGCUAAACCAAAGAAAGAUUACACCAAUUCAAACUAUAGUAGAAGAUUACUCAAAUUCGCUCUCAGUGAUGGCCAUGUAAAUAACAUUCAAGCGAUUGAGUACAAGCCGUUAGACUCAAUUUCUUUAAAAACAGAAUUAGGAACAAAAGUGAAGAUCUCUAAUGUGUUGGUGCGGAGAGGUAUUUUGUUGCUCAUUCCUCAGAGCAUUACAGUUCUAGGAGGUGGUGUUGAUGAAUUAAUAGAAGCAAAGAAGAUCUUUAAAAGCAAUUUAGCUUCAAAACUGAGUGGAAAAUUGGAGUUGAAGAAACAAAUUGAGUCAAACAUUAACACUAUCAAGAACAAUAGGCAAGCAACCAAUAAUGCCAACUCUACUAGAGGGUCACCAAAUCAAACUCGGCAAACAAGCAAUGUCAAAACGGAAGAAUUUGAUGAUGAGCUCAUUUUGCUAGAUGACGAUGAAAAUAUUAUUGACUGUUCAGAUGACGAGACUGAAAUUUAUCAAGACCAUAAGAGAUCAAAGAAGAGGUGA